GGCGGGGUGGGUGAGGGGCGAGUGGAGCGGUGUGGGGCUGCGGCGGGAGCGGCCUCGUCAGGGCUUCUGUGCGUGACCGUGCCUCGGGGAGGUGCGGGUCUCUGUUGUUCCUGGCGAGGGGAAGGAAGUAUAUUUCAAGAACCUUUCAAAACAGAAACAAAAGCAAGUCAUGGAGAAGAAUGGAAACAACCACAAACUUCGUGUUUGUGUUGCUACGUGCAACCGUGCUGAUUAUUCAAAAUUAGCUCCCAUUAUGUUUGGUAUUAAGGCAGAACCAGAGUUCUUUGAACUUGAUGUCGUAGUGCUUGGUUCCCACCUGAUUGAUGAUUAUGGUAACACCUACCGCAUGAUUGAACAAGAUGACUUUGACAUUCACACGAGACUGCACACCAUUGUGAGAGGGGAGGAUGAGGCAGCUAUGGUGGAGUCAGUGGGCCUUGCACUAGUCAAGUUACCAGAUGUCCUGAACCGCCUGAAACCGGACAUAAUGAUUGUUCACGGGGACAGAUUCGAUGCUUUGGCCCUGGCCACAUCUGCGGCCCUGAUGAAUAUUCGCAUUCUUCACAUUGAGGGUGGGGAGGUCAGUGGGACCAUCGAUGACUCCAUCAGACAUGCCAUAACCAAGCUGGCCCAUUACCACGUGUGCUGCACAAGGAGUGCAGAGCAGCACCUGAUAGCCAUGUGUGAAGAUCACGACCGCAUCCUUUUAGCAGGCUGUCCCUCAUAUGACAAGCUUCUCUCUGCCAAAAACAAGGACUACAUGAGCGUUAUACGCAUGUGGCUAGGUGAAGAUGUCAAAACCAGAGAUUAUAUAGUUGCUCUGCAGCAUCCUGUAACCACAGAUAUUAAACAUUCCAUAAAGAUGUUUGAGCUGACACUAGAUGCACUCAUCUCCUUCAACAAGAGAACACUUGUUCUAUUUCCUAAUGUGGAUGCAGGAAGCAAAGAGAUGGUUCGGGUGAUGAGGAAGAAGGGCAUUGAACAUCAUCCCAAUUUUCGGGCCGUAAAGCAUGUCCCAUUUGACCAGUUCAUUCAGCUAGUUGCUCACGCUGGCUGUAUGAUUGGUAACAGCAGCUGUGGUGUCAGAGAGGUGGGUGCUUUUGGCACACCUGUAAUCAACCUGGGGACACGUCAGACAGGAAGAGAAACAGGUGAAAAUGUUCUUCAUGUUCGUGAUGCUGAUACACAGGAUAAGAUUCUGCAUGCUUUGCAGCUGCAGUUUGGUAAACAGUAUCCAUGUUCAAAAAUAUAUGGAGAUGGUAAUGCUGUUCCAAGGAUUUUGAAGUUCCUCAAAUCUAUUGACCUCAAAGAGCCACUGCAAAAGAAAUUCUGUUUUCCUCCUGUUAAAGAUAACAUCUCUCAAGACAUUGACCAUAUUCUAGAGACCCAAAGUGCUCUGGCUGUGGAUCUAGGUGGAACAAAUCUCCGAGUAGCAAUUGUCAGUAUGAAGGGUGAAAUAGUUAAGAAGUAUACUCAGCUCAACCCUAAAACUUAUGAAGACAGACUAGAAUUAAUUCUAAAGAUGUGUGUAGAGGCUGCAUCAGAGGCAGUAAAUGUGAACUGCAGAAUUUUGGGAGUAGGUAUUUCCACAGGGGGACGGGUAAACCCCCGAGAAGGAAUUGUGCUUCACUCUACAAAACUCAUUCAGGAGUGGAGCUCUGUGGAUCUCAGAACUCCAAUAUCUGAUGCUCUGCACCUGCCAGUCUGGGUGGAUAAUGAUGGAAACUGUGCUGCUCUUGCAGAGAGAAAAUUUGGUCAUGGAAAAGGAAUUGAAAAUUUUGUAACACUUAUUACUGGUACAGGGAUUGGAGGUGGAAUUGUUCAUCAACACGAAUUGAUCCAUGGCAGUUCUUUCUGUGCUGCAGAGCUUGGGCAUAUUGUUGUAUCUUUAGAUGGACCAGAGUGCCUCUGUGGUAGCCAAGGCUGUAUAGAAGCAUAUGCCUCUGGAAUAGCAUUACAGAGAGAAGCUAAGAAACUGCAUGAUGAGGAUCUGCUUUUAGUGGAAGGAAUGUCAAUGAAGAAUGAGGAGGUUGUUAGCGCUGCACAUCUCAUUCAAGCAGCUAAACUUGGGAACACAAAAGCAGACAGCAUUCUCAGAACAGCUGGGACAGCAUUAGGCCUUGGAGUUGUGAACAUUCUGCACACCGUGAACCCCUCUCUUGUGAUCCUUUCUGGAGUCCUUGCUAGCCACUAUGUUAAUGCUGUCAAAGAUGUGAUACAUCGACAGGCUCUGUCCUCUGUUAAAACUGUGGAUGUGGUUGUCUCAAAUCUAGCUGAUCCUGCUCUUCUUGGAGCUGCCAGCCUGGUACUGGAUUAUACCACACGUAGGAUAUACUAGGCACACAGAAGAAUGAUAGAAAUGGACUAGUAAAAUUCCUAAUGGGUGGAGGGAAUACUUUGCCCAAAAUUUUUCUUUGAUGAGCGCAGCUACUGAAUCAAGAAUAGUGUUCUGAAUAGUUAGUGACUGUUUCGGUAUUUCCUAGUUGAAAUAUGAUUUUUUGUAUUUUUCCUAACCUUAUCUUACUUCAUAGGAGCUAUUGUGCAAAUCUCUUGGUUUUAAUCGUGUUUUAGUCAUGUUUGUUGUUAAGCCCAUAUGUUGCUUUAAGUGACUUAUUUAUGAGCAUAUCUUGAUGCAUGGUGCAGAAUAUGCGUACGGUGUGUGAAAUUAUAGCUAUCAUUUGGGGAUCCGUGUCUCAUUUCCCACCUAUGUGAAAUGGGAACUCUACAGUGUGACCAGCUGCUGAGCUUCCAGGCUUCUACCCACAAAGUAAACAUGUAAUCUUCAAUAGCAAGUAGUAAUUUCACUGGGUGUAAACAUGGGAAGCUGCCUUUACAGUCAUAAAGGCUGCAUCUAAAAAUUGUGGUUCAUGGAGGACUUGGUGGAGGUAGUUAUUUAUCACAUUUUUAGAGGACAGUUUCUUUUUAGAAGCUUUGCAUAUGAAGGAAAAGUAUCAUGGUCAAGUGAACUUACAGUCUGCAGAGCAGUCCAAUCAAACUGGCAAGUGUAGCUUUGAGCACCUUUUUCUUCUGGCUAUGGCCAACAAUAAAUUAUUGGAAUUUUAGAGUUUGGGGUUUUCUCAAGGGAGUUAGUCUACCACUUUGUCUGCCAAAUUAACAGAGGGAACUGUUUAUUCUUGGGUAACCAGUUAGCUGAAAUUCAGCUACGUGAGCCAAAGCAUGAAGACUUUUCCUUUCAAGAAAUCUGUUCCACUGCAGUGACACAGUGCAUCUCCUCAGCAGUUCUGGUGACUGCAGGUACACUGUUCUCAUCUUGAGUUCACCACCAGCCCACACAAUGGAAAGUCAAGUCCGAGCCUCAUCCUCCACUUCAAGACAUUCAGAAAGCUGCGAACACAGUAUUUCAAACACCAGUGAAGGCUUGCCUAGGUGAAGUAUAGUUUCUGUUUCUUUAACUAGUCUUUCUUGGUGUAUAGCUCUGUCUUUAUCCAGCUGCUUUUUAACACACUUUCAAGAUACUGAAAUAAAGACAAUUAUUUUACACAAGAAAAAACUGAAAAUACAGACCCAUCUAACUGAUUGGCUAUCCCAGAAAGAAGGUAUCAGUGGAGGAACAGUUACACAACCAUCCUGUGUACUGCAUUUAAUGGCCUGUUUUGACAUCUAACUUAUCCACAACCGAUGGUAUUCUCAGAAGCCCAGUAGUGUAUUAGUACAGGGGAUUAAAAAGGCCUAUUUCCACAAAGUUAUUCUCCAAUUAAAAUGAACCAACUUUCUGCAGUCUCUGCUUUCCACUUAUCUUGGACUGAAGAGUUUUUGAUACAGUGAACCUCUACUGAUACUGUGGGGAUAUAAUCUACAAAAGUUGCCUUCGCUUCAUCCUGUCUUCAGGAAGGAAUGCUUACUAAGAACUCACAUCUUCAAAGGAGACCUUAAAAAAAAACCCAGAUCUUCUUGAUGUCCCCAGGAAUAACUGCACAGCCUCUACCAUAAUUUUUCUCAAAUCUGUAAAUAGUGGCUCUAAGGCUCUAAACUGUUUGCAAAGUUGUAGCAGCCUUUAUGUCACAUGGGGUUCUUAGUUCCUUUUCCUAUGUUUCUAAGUUUACUUGGUGAUUGCCAGUUACUUUAAUACCAGAGCAGUAGCUCUAUGAGCAGCUCAAGGAAAAACUAGCUUUGUUCUAUGGCAACAGGAGCUCAGGUCAGGGGGUAACAGUACUGAGAUUCUAACAGAGAGGCACCUUGUUUGCUCUUUCCAUCAUCUAGCAUCACAAGGAAUACCUGGCUAAAAGUGAUACCAGAUUUUCUGAAGCUGGGGUAUUUUGGGUAUCUGAGGCUCCAGAUAUGUUUUCCCUUAGGAGAUCAAGGGAGGCUGCAAGCAUUGAGAAUACAUAAAAAGUUUAAAAAAGAUUUGAAAAGUUUUAUUCUGUCUUUAAUAUCUAGUACUAAAGAAAAUGGUUCUCCAGAUGCUUUUGAGAUAUUUUUUCUGUUAAAUGGACAAGAACAUGCUGCAUGUGCAAGUGGUGCAGAAGUCCUUGCAGUUGUCCCUGAGAAGUUUGUGGGUCUAUAAAAUCAAAAAUAAUAAAUCAUAUUAAC